AUGCAACUCUCCGUUCUCGCCCUUCUCCUUCUCGCUGUUCCGUUCGCCGUCUUCGCCGCCUCGUCGCCAUACUCUGACGAUGAAGCUGGUAAGAUUCUGAAACCGUUUAGACGGAGAGAAAUAGGUUUCAGAGCUUCUGAACAACAACGAACGGUUCGCCCGCGAUCUGGAGCUCCGCAAGAAGUUCGCGUUCGCAUUCGCGAAGAGAAGCGCCACCGGAGACGACGUUCUCAUCGAGGCUCGAAGCGGAUCUCAACCCUUGGCUCAUGACGCUGGAAUGCGCUUCGCGUUCGCAAAGAGACGUGCUCCGAAAGGUACCCAAAAGUAUUCUUCCGACUUUCCUUAAACUUUCGAUCAAUUUGCAGAGUUCGCUCGAUUCGCUCGCGCAAGCUUUGCGUAA